AUGAAGCCCGCGCCCCCCGCCGCCCUGCUCCUCGGCCUGGUCUGCGCCUCCUUCCACUCGGCUUGCUUGGCAGAAGGAAGCAGUGGCGACAACUCAACCCUGACCAGCCACCACCCGGACCCCGAGCCUCCGGAACAGUGCCACGAUGUGGACUUCUGCUCGCGAGCUUCCCGGUGCUGCCACGUCGGAGUGGACGAGUACGGCUGGAUCGCGGCCGCUGUUGGCUGGAGUCUCUGGUUUCUCACCCUCAUCCUGCUCUGCGUGGACAAACUGAUGAAGUUAACUCCAGACGAUCCCAAGAGCUUGCAAGCGUGA